AUGUCGAGAAGUGAAUUAGACAAUGAGGUGGUUUGGAUGUUGUUUACAGAAGUCAUGGAAUUGCUGGAGGUUUUGAUAAGGCCUGCAAUUACUGUAAUGAUAAGUGAAAAGAAGGAAUCCUUUUUUCUCCUUCUAGGUGGCUGCACCUUUGAUGAUGGUCCAGGGGCCUGUGAUUACCACCAGGACCUGUAUGAUGACUUUGAGUGGGUGCACGUCAGUGUCCAAGAGCCCCAUUAUCUGCCACCCGAGAUGCCUCAAGGUUCCUAUAUGAUAGUGGACUCUUCAAAUCAUGAUCCUGGAGAAAAAGCCAGACUUCAGCUGCCUACAAUGAAGGAGAAUGACACUCACUGCAUUGAUUUCAGUUACCUCUUGUAUAGCCAGAAAGGGUUGAAUCCUGGCACUCUGAACAUACUCGUUAGGGUGAAUAAAGGACCUCUUGCCAAUCCAAUUUGGAAUGUGACUGGAUUUACGGGUAGAGAUUGGCUUCGGGCUGAGCUAGCAGUGAGCACCUUUUGGCCCAAUGAAUAUCAGGUAAUAUUUGAAGCUGAAGUCUCAGGAGGGAGAAGUGGUUAUAUUGCCAUUGAUGACAUCCAAGUACUGAGUUAUCCUUGUGAUAAAUCUCCUCAUUUCCUCCGACUAGGAGAUGUAGAGGUCAAUGCCGGGCAGAACGCCACGUUUCAAUGCAUUGCCACAGGUAGAGACGCCGUACACAACAAGUUAUGGCUACAGAGGCGAAAUGGAGAAGAUAUACCAGUAGCCCAGACCAAGAACAUCAAUCAUAGAAGAUUUGCCGCUUCCUUUAGAUUGCAAGAAGUGACAAAAACAGACCAGGAUUUGUAUCGUUGUGUCACUCAGUCAGAACGAGGUUCUGGUGUGUCCAAUUUUGCUCAACUUAUUGUGAGAGAACCUCCAAGGCCCAUUGCUCCCCCCCAGCUGCUUGGUGUUGGGCCAACAUAUUUGCUGAUUCAACUGAAUGCCAACUCGAUCAUUGGCGAUGGUCCCAUUAUCCUGAAGGAAGUAGAGUACCGAAUGACAUCGGGAUCCUGGACAGAAACCCAUGCGGUCAACGCUCCAACUUAUAAAUUAUGGCAUUUAGAUCCAGAUACUGAAUACGAGAUCCGUGUCCUACUUACCAGACCUGGAGAAGGAGGAACAGGACUCCCAGGACCUCCACUCAUCACCAGAACCAAAUGUGCAGAGCUGAAAACUAAAACUAUGAGGAUCUGUGAAUACAUAAAUAUGUAUAAAAUGUCUUUUGUUUCUUGA